AUGGAUCAUCCUUCUUGGGUGUGGAACCCGCUCUUGAUCUACGAGAUGGGCAGUGGACCUUUUAAACACGGGAACGCCUACUGUGGCAUCACGCAAAAAGGCGACCAGUGCAAAAACGCGGUGAGAAAAGAGGUUCUCAAGAGCGGUCGCCAGAAGCUAGACGCCCUCGCCGAGAGACCCUUUAGUGUCAACAAUCUCCAGCUCAAGUUGCGCGACAUUGCAGUAGAAUUCCUCUACACGAGAUGGCACCAGCUGCGCUAG